UAACCCUAGUUUCUUCUCUGCUUUCUACUUCGAGAGUUACAACUCCCUUCAAUUACCUGCGUUUUUGUUGAAAUUUGCUUGUAAACUUGGAGUUAUUCUUCCUGAAUCUGUCGUCUCUGAUAGUUGAAGAGUUUCUGAAGCUCAAAAGCAAUGUCGGACGAUGAAAGGGAGGAGGUGGAGUUGGAUCUCUCCUCUCCGGAUGUUGUCACGAAGUACAAAAGUGCUGCCGAGAUCGCAAACAAGGCAUUGCAGCUGGUGAUAUCUGAAUGUAAACCUAAAGCAAAAAUUGUUGACAUUUGCGAGAAAGGAGAUUCCUUCAUUAGAGAGCAAACUGGCAACAUGUACAAGAACGUUAAGAAGAAGAUAGAACGGGGCGUUGCCUUCCCAACUUGCAUCUCUACUAACAACACAGUUGGCCACUUCUCACCUCUGGCUAGCGACGAGACAGUGAUGGAAGAAGGAGAUGUACUGAAGAUUGAUUUGGGGUGUCACAUUGAUGGGUUCAUCGCUGUAGUUGCUCACACUCAUGUUCUGCAAGAAGGUCCGGUGACUGGAAGGGCUGCUGAUGUUAUUGCAGCCGCUAACACUGCCGCUGAAGUUGCAUUGAGGCUUGUUAGGCCAGGGAAAAAGAAUAAAGAUGUAACCGAAGCCAUUCAAAAGGUUGCUGCUGCUUAUGAUUGCAAAAUUGUUGAAGGUGUACUUAGCCACCAGCUGAAGCAAUUCGUGAUUGAUGGAAACAAGGUUAUUCUCAGUGUUUCAAAUCCAGAAACAAGAGUUGAUGAUGCAGAGUUUGAAGAAAAUGAAGUUUAUGCAAUAGAUAUAGUUACAACCACAGGUGAAGGCAAGCCUAAGCUGCUGGAUGAGAGGCAGACCACUAUAUAUAAGAGAGCUGUGGACAAGAACUACCACUUGAAGAUGAAAGCAUCUAGGUUUAUUUUCAGUGAAAUAAGUCAGAAAUUUCCCAUUCUGCCUUUCACUGCUAGGGCCUUGGAAGAGAAAAGAGCUAGGCUGGGACUAGUUGAAUGUGUUAAUCACGACCUAUUGCAACCGUAUCCUGUCCUCCAUGAAAAGCCUGGUGAUUAUGUUGCCCACACUAAAUUUACGGUCUUACUAAUGCCCAAUGGAUCUGAUCGAAUCACCUCUCAUGCUCUGCAAGAGCUUCAGCCCACAAAAACUAUAGAUGAUCCUGAAAUCAAGGCUUGGUUAGCUCUUGGAACGAAGUCGAAGAAAAAGGGUGGUGGGAAGAAAAAGAAAGGUAAGAAAGGCGACAACAAACCCGAUGAUUCAAGAGAGGCUGAGCCAAUGGAUGCAACUACAAAAGAUGGUGCAUCGCAGGAAUGAGUUACUUCUUUUGCACUGCUCUCUCCCAUCCAUCCAUCUUUUCAAUUUUGGCACUGUUUUUUUCCUCUUUUUUAUUGUAUGUUGAUCAGCCUUAAUUAUGGAUAUCGUUAGCCUGGCUUAGUAUGGGUUACCAGACAUCAAAGGAAUGCCCUUUUUAUUACUUCCCCAUGUAUCAUCUACAUAUUUUUAYUGGCAAAGUACACAAUUUAGCCUAAUAAACACGCCUUCGUACAUUAUUUUUA